UCCACUACCCGACCCGUCUCUUGACCGCCUUUACUGCAAUUUGUCCUGUGCAGCAACGCCUUUGUCUGCUCUCACACACAUCGCAAUGUCUAGCAAAAAGAAGAAGAGUGCGACGCCGAACCCGUCUUCUGCGGCCAAGAAUUCGCCGCCGCUUGUUUACGACAGUUACAAACGGUACAAGAGUGAUACUCAACGUCUCAUUGCUUGGUUGGUGAAGGUUGGCAAAGACAGCGGUUAUCCGUCUCCCAUCAAAACGUGUACUAACGACCUUCGCCAGCUAGCUAAAAAUGUUUCUACGCAUGCAGCCUCUAUCCUUCCGGCAUCUAUCCUUGCCAUUGGACGAAGGGCAGUCUCUCUAAGGAAGAAAGUCACCGAAGCGUUUAUGAGCCGGGGCCCGUCCCGGAGCAAUAAAAAGCAUGCGUACUUUGUACAAGUGCUGGAAGAAAUUUUGGACAUGUUCAAAACACCCUCCGAUGACGAGCAGAAAAAACAAAACUCUGCCAAUGACAAAUCCUGGCUCAACUCCUUCGCCGCACUCGCUGUCGAAGAGUUUGAGGAACUUUCAGAUGGUGAUGCCGGCGUGGAUCUUCCAGAAGCAGCCAAGAUAACCAAAGCUUUGGAUGACGAGAAUUCAGAACAUGACAGCGACGAUGUGCUUUCCCGCGGCCUCUUCCAACUUCUCUGUCUUUUUUAUGAUCUACAGCAAUGGCGGUCAUUCAUUGCUGAGACAUGGGCAGAAUACGCGAGAUCUGAGAUCGAUCUUACUACUGCCACCGUUGUCACGGACCAGGCUUUGAAAUUCGGACGAGAAUUGAUCCAAAGCACAAAAGAUCGUUUGCCCAAGCCUCUGCCGGAGACAGACAUAGAGCUGCAAGGUAUGCUGAUGAAUUAUAUGAUCCAGACUUGUGGUGUAGAUUCUCCUGUUCCAUGGCCUGGGAUUGUACCUUACCACGUGAAGAAUGCUGGUUUGGCCGACUAUUGUUUCCUUCCGUCUGGAAUUCUAGUCAGCUCAUUCGCCAAUCAGAUAGAGAAAGGCACUAUAUCCAGGUAUAACCAGGGCUUCUUCGGCACUUACAAUCCAGAAGCGAAUCGCGCCAACAUGACUGUUACUGAAAAGUUCAAGGAGGACAAGAUAUUGAUCCUAGAACUUCUUCCGGAGUAUUUCACCAUCGGAAUGUCCAAGAUUCCGCUGCCUAUCUGGGAUGAGACUACACUCGCAUUCACAGACCUUGCAGACACCAGGAAACACACCAUGUGGCUAUCGUUCGUAGCCCAGGUGUUACUUGACUCUAUUCACGCUACACGAUACAUGAGCAAGCAGCCAUUCAGCGAUCUUCGAAUAACAGCUGCGCGCAUCCGUCGCACGAUAGAUGAUUUCUGGGAGCUUUCAAAAACACACCCCCCUCCGAAAUUCUGGCCUGCUGAAGGAGAUCAGAUAAUCAAAGCUAUCCGAGAGGAUAUCGCGGGUUUUAUCGACAAAGACGCCUAUAUACCCAUCAAGAAGGCUCUCGCACAUUCGACUGACAAAAAAGACCGCUCCCCAGACUUCUACAUAUUCAUUCGGAACCCCGGACUCUGCGGGGCGUUCGCUUUCAACCUGCAGCUCCGAAUGCAGACCAUUGGGCAGGACUUGUUGAACCAGUGGUUUGACGUACAACAGUUGGCAUUUCUUUACAGUCUCGUAAAUGAAACCCCUGGAUAUGAGAACCUCUCGUGGCCAGAUAUGGAGCUGUUCAUCAAGAUUCAUGGUGAAGACCACAUUUUCAUGGGCUCGCGGCCGCGAAAUGCGGAACAAGCUCUCCAUCGAGUGGAAAUGCUUACUGGAGCAUCAUCUGCAACAAGGUUUGCAAAGGACUCAAGGCAUGCAAAGUCGGAGUGGCAUGUUCCUGAUGGAAAGUCAGGAAGACGAUUGACACCAACGACCAAAACAGCGGAUCUCAUGCGCCCAUAUUACUGUAUGAAGCGUAUAGGAGCAACACCUCGUCAAAGUAUCAAUGACACCGCCCUUAGCAGAUACUUGAACGAGCUUUUGGAGAAAACUGAAGCCACCUCGACAAAGUCUUCAUCCAGCAAAAGCGAGAUCAAGCAGACCGGGGCUCAUAAAGUAUCAAGUGUACAGCAGUUCGUUGGUCGGAAAUGGCGCAAUCAACAUAGCCUUGGCUUUGUCCAACUUCUCACAUUGUUGAAAACGCAGCUGUCUGAAGAGGAGCCCUACCUUCAGUUCAAUUAUUUCGCAAUGCACCGCCGUUCCGUGGAGCUGCUCCGUUUAAUUCGCGACAAGGAGCACCACAAAUUUGUGCAGUACUUCACAGAGGCAUAUCUACCCGACGAAAGCUUUGUCACCAACAUUGUGAUCUACAUUCUUCAUGUCGCUCGCGGAUCCGCCAAAGCUGGCAACGACUUGGGCCUUGCGAAUGUUGCACAAGGCUCAAAAGUAGCUAGUCGCAUGGUUGGUAGCUGCGGUGAAGUCAUGAAGACGUACCUGGAGAAGAAUGGGAGUCUGAUGCUGAAAGAGCUGAAGUUGUUCUGCAGGAAUAAGGCACCGCUAGAGCUCCAUAGCACAAAAAUUACCGAGAAUGGAGACUCGUCGCAGCGCCAGUACUAUUGGCUGGGUAUGGACGAAGUGUUGAGUCCCGCGCAGCUGGAAGUACUGAGAACUGGAAUUUCAUUGGCAUAG